CAUCCAUGAGUCAUGCAGGAGAUCGAAAUGGCGGCACCAGCAGAGAGGAUGGAGGUUUCUCAGGGGGAGAGCUCAGCCAAGCCUGCAGCUGAGGAUAUGACGUCAAAGGACUACUACUUUGACUCAUACGCCCACUUUGGCAUCCAUGAGGAGAUGCUGAAAGAUGAGGUUCGCACUCUGACAUACCGCAAUUCCAUGUUCCACAACAAGCAUCUGUUUAAGGACAAGGUGGUACUGGAUGUGGGCAGUGGGACAGGCAUCCUCUGCAUGUUUGCUGCCAAAGCAGGAGCCAAGAAGGUUAUCGGGAUUGAAUGCAGCAGCAUCUCAGACUAUGCUGUGAAAAUUGUCAAGGCCAACAAGCUGGAUGAUGUUGUGACCAUCAUCAAGGGAAAGGUGGAAGAGGUGGAGCUGCCUGUGGAGGGAGUAGAUAUCAUCAUAUCAGAGUGGAUGGGCUACUGCCUUUUCUAUGAGUCCAUGCUCAAUACAGUAAUUUAUGCCCGGGACAAAUGGCUGAAGCCAGAUGGACUAAUUUUUCCAGACAGGGCAACCCUUUAUGUCACUGCCAUUGAAGACAGGCAGUACAAGGACUACAAAAUACACUGGUGGGAAAACGUGUAUGGUUUUGAUAUGUCGUGCAUCAAGGAGGUGGCAAUUAAGGAACCCCUGGUUGAUGUUGUGGACCCCAAGCAACUGGUCAGCAGCGCAUGUCUCAUCAAGGAGGUGGACAUCUACACAGUGAAGUUGGAGGACCUGACCUUCACGUCACCGUUCUGCCUGCAAGUGAAGAGGAAUGACUACAUCCAUGCUCUGGUCACCUACUUCAACAUCGAGUUCACUCGCUGUCACAAGAGGACUGGCUUCUCCACCAGCCCAGAGUCCCCCUACACCCAUUGGAAGCAGACGGUCUUCUACCUGGAUGAUUACCUGACAGUCAAGACUAGCGAGGAGAUCUUUGGUACUAUCAGCAUGAAGCCAAACGUUAAGAACAAUAGAGACCUGGACUUCACCAUAGAUAUCGACUUCAAGGGUCAGCUGUGUGAGAUGUCUAAGACAUCAGAGUACAGAAUGCGUUAGAAGUCUCCUCUCUCUCUCUCCCUGUCUUAGUUUGUCUUUUGAGGACAGAUUAUACUGUUUGACUGGGAGUCUGUACAGUAGUUUAAUUCUUCCCUGCAGCAACAUUUUAAGAAUUUUUUUUGUGAUUUUCUUGUUCAAAAGUUAACAGUAUUUAAGGUUUCAACAUCCUUGGGGUCAUAGUACAUUGAUGUGAUUUAUUGUGCAGUAGUCACUCAACAAAAUGUGUCUUACAUGUGCCUGGUGUUUGUGUCCAACGUCGUCUUGGGUGUUGCUUUUGGGUUCUUGUCCUUUGCAUGUACGAGGUCCAUUGUAGACAUCAACGCAAUAGCCCUGCUGACAUGUCUGCAUAGUAUUACUGUUCAUUUACCCUCUCUAAAUCUGACUGGCUACUGGUCUCCCUUUAUUUUGUUUAUUGUAUUGAAGCUGUAGGUAUGUGGGUCUUCUCUGUAUAGUCAAGAAACCCUGCCUCCUCCACUUGUGUAUCAGUUCAUAGAAACCAAUAUGUAACUGACUAAGUUUUCCACUAAGCACACCCUGUCCAGACCAAAAAUAACAGUGUAUUUAAAAAAAAAAGUUCUGUGUGUUGUGGUCCACGUUCCAGUGAGAAGAUGAAUGUGCAAACCAGGCAGGUUAGCUUGCAGGCUUAUCAAGACUGAGGCACAGCAGGUAAAACUCUGUAAAGUCAUCACAGCUGCUUCCUGGUGCUUGAGAGUUGCAGUGGAAUUGGUCAAAUAAUGCACAAUACACACUCCACGUUCGUAGACCAGUGAAUGAGUCAACACAGUGUUGCUGAAUAUCACAAGAUGGAUCUGCAGCAAAAGCUUAUUCUGGAUCUUUUUGAUGUGAACAGUGACAGCCCUCACUGUUGCUUUUAUUAAUAACUACAGUCCUCAAUAGUUUCCUGCUUUACCCAUAUUACAAGUUGAAGAUAAGGAUAAAUGUUACUCCCCACACAAUAUGAACAUUUUAAUUGUAAUAUGAACUAACCCUAAAAUGAGAAGCUGUGUUCUAAGUAAAGAGUAGUUGAACAAAAAUGUUGUAAAGGGCAUCAGCCAAAAGGUUAUCUGAGGUAUUCAGAAAAUGUACUUAUCAAUUAUUGGUUUAGCUGCAUUCAUCUGUUCUUUGAAGUCUGUCUUAAGCGUCACCAUUAGUAUUGUGGUUGCAGAAUGUUUGUUAAUGCACUGCACCCCGAUCAUGCCAUCAGCUUGACUGGAAAACUGUUUCAACUACAUACUAGUUUUCAUGGUAUUCUAUUUUGGCAAGUAGUACACAAAAUAUCAACAUAUUGAUAUAACACAUACUGUGUUCUACUAACAGGAAAUUACGCAAUAUGUGUGAUGACAACCUGCUGAAAUUGGUAUCCAGUAUGGAUUUGGGACACAGCAAGAGAGACCCUGCACACAUGCAAUUAGCACACCCUUGGUAAACCGAUCCUUACCAAAACCAGAAGUUGGCUGCUGCAAACCUGAAACUCUUCACUGGGCCUAUGUUGUGUGGUAGAUGGGUUGCAGCAUUUGUGAUGCACCAACUGUCUUCCACUAUUUGGCUUUGAUCCAGUCAGAUGCUUAGAAAAAAACAUCUGAAAGUGUUAAUUACUGCUGAAGCUGAAUGAGAAGAUGGCCUAAUGGGACCAGAUCCUGAGCCCUGGUUCCAGCUGGCUUCUACAGCUCUUGUCAGGUGUCCUGAAGCCAUGUGUUUGCCUUGAUACAACGUGUGUCUGAGGCUGCUUGAGUCAAUCUGAACAGUAGUAACCAUGUUGGCACUCUGCAGAGACCGCCGAGUCACCACAUACUGAUUUUUCAGUUGUUUUUUUUUGUUUGUUUUUUUGCUGCUGCUUUUUAAAUAAAUAAUAAAAAAAGAAGCUAU